AUGGGGUGUGGAGCUUCAAAAGUCGAUGAUUCGGCAUUGGUAAAAAAGUCAUUGGUAAAAAAGUGUAGAGAAAGAAAAAGACUGAUGAAGAAUGCAGUAGAUUAUCGUUACGAGUUAUCGAAAUCACAUGUAGCUUAUUUUCAUUCACUUAAAGAUAUGGGUCACACUCUUUCGAGAUUUGUGGAUGAGCAGCUUGAUAUACCACCUUCUUCAGCACCUGAUGAUGUAGUAGAAUCAAUGCCGCCAUCUGGCUCUAAUUCUAUAUUGAGUUUGGAUUUUCAUGGUCAUACUGGUAUACAUGAUGCUGCUGCUGCUGAUUAUCAUAAAAAAUUUGCCUCAGCUAAACAUACUGUCAUUCAACCGAAGGAAACAAGGGGAUCGGUUGGUGAUGCCGUACUUACAUCAAUUCCGCCAUAUACUAUUUUGAGUUCCGAUUUUACUGGUCAUGACAGUAAUGGUCAUGUUAUUAUACAUGAUGAUCAGUGUCCUCCUACUGCUGCUGCUUAUUAUCGGAACGAAUCUGCCCCGCCUACCGGUACUACUGUGAUUCAACCGAUGAAAACAAGGGGAUGGGUUGAGGAUGCAUAUGUUGAUGAGUCAAUUGGUACUUCCAGAAUGCGGGCGGAGGGGAUUCCUGAUGAGUUGGAAGAAGAACUAACAGAAAGCGAGUCUCAUACAUCAUCUUGUACAAACACUAGUACUUCUAGAAGAAAACCAACUCGGAAUAAGCAACAUAGCAUGGAUGUCGAAGGUAAAAAGGGGAAAAGUUUAGCUAUAGAUGAUGAGGGGUACUCGACAACAGAGAUUGAAGUAUCUGCUCAUGCGACUUCUCGGGAUCUUCAAGAGGUAUUCAAGGAAAUCAAGGAUGAAUUCGAGGCUGCUUUUAGUUACGGGGAACAGGUUGCCUUGAUGCUUGACGCCGGCAAGCUGCCUUACCAAUCAAAGUUUCAUGUUCUUAAGGGGAACUUAUCCAAGAUUCUCGGUCUGUUGGCGCCUUCCUCAACAACUUCAAGCUCGAGGUCUCGAGUUACAGAGCUAGCAGGAUCCUAUGAUGUGUAUGAUGUCCCAGACAAGAGCUCCCUUAACCUUUCUUCUACUUUGGAGAAGCUAUACAUGUGGGAGAAGAAGUUAUACAAGCAAGUAAAUGAUGCAGAGAGGUUAAGAGUGAUGUACCAGAGAAUGCUCAAGAGGUUGACUGAAUUGGAACCAUGUCGAGCAAAUUCUAGAAAAAUCCAUGCAGCACAGGCUUCUAUAGAAAGGUCGAGGCAUAAACUUGAUAUAUCUAUGAAACUUAUUGAUGCCAUAUCUAGCGAGAUACACCAAGUGAGGGACAUGGAACUGCAGCCACAAGUCAGUAAACUGAUCGACGGAAUGAUAGGAAUGUGGCAAUCAAUUGGGAAAGGUCAUCGAAAGCAGCUUGAAGCCAUCAAGGAGGGAAGAAGUCUUACUUUAAGGGCAAAUACCAGCAUGGAAAGAGAUUCAAGCUUGGGAACCACACUUGAGCUCGAAACAAGACUUCUAACUUGGGCCCAACAUUUUAAUAGCUGGAUGAAUGCUCAGAAAUCGUUUGUGGGUUCCUUAAACGGGUGGUUACUACAAUUUAAUAUUGAUCAUGAACCCGAAAUAAACACUGAUGGUGGUGAGGUUCCAUUUUCCCCGGGUCAGUCCGGUGCUCCUCCAAUUUUCAUCAUUUGCAACGAUUGGCGGCGGGAAAUCAAUGGUGUUUCACAAGAACAAGUCACCAUAGCGAUGAAUAAGUUCGCUCUGAAAUUAAGGCAAUUGCUAGAAACAGAAGAUGAAAUACAACGGCUUAGCAAGAACCAAGUGGAUCUAGAUCAUAAAAAAGCUAUGAAGAUAGUUGAGAAUGUUGGUGCAGGUACUUUAGAAGAUGGUGUAAUUCCUAUUUUCAAGGCACUAGAGAAUUUCAGCCGUGACGUUCUUAAAGCUCAUAAGCAUGUAAGACUACAAUAA